GUUAGUAAGACGUGGCAAUUCUUUGCGUCAUCGCAUCGCGGCCAUUUUCCACACUUUUUAGUGUUUGGGUCUCCCCUCCCUGGCACCGAAAAAUCGCAUUACUUUCCGAUUGAUUUCCCCGUCUUUCUGCAGCUUCCAGGGCAUUGAGGAUAAAGAGACUGGUGCGCGAAGAUGAUGGAAGAGAGUGGAAUUGAGACGACGCCCCCCACUACGCCCUCUCCCCCACCCAGCAUGGCGGCACUGAGCUCACCACCCAUGUCCAUUGGUCUGUCUAGUCCCCUGACCCAUCCUAGUACAACCGGACAGCCUCCCUUCACCCCCCAGGGAUUCUCCACACCGGUCCCGCCCAUCAUGUCCGCACCGGUCCCGCCCAUCAUGUCCGCACCGGUCCCGCCCAUCAUGUCCGCACCGGUCCCGCCCAUCAGGUCGUCGGCUCCGCCCCCCUUUGGCAGCCCUGUGGGUGCCGUAUCUCCUGGCUCACACGUCCCGCCGCCCGUUGGAGUUCCCUUUGCUGGGCCCCCUUCGACUUUUUCCUCCACGUUGCCGCCCCUGAGUGGCCCUUCCCUGCCGGGCCCUGUCAUGUCGGCUUCACCUACUGGCCCCCCCACCUCCGGCUUCAUGGGCGGAGCCUAUGACAUCACACGGGGUCAUGCUGGGCGGGCACCACAGACGCCGCUCAUGCCCAGCUUCUCUACCGCCCCGCCUCCCCCUGGGGUCGUGACCAAUCCGAUGGUGCAGCAGACUGUGAUGCCGCCGGGCCUGGAGGCCGACUCGCCCAUCACAUUCCCCGAGGACAAUGAGGACCUCCGGCCAGUAGAGGGGGCCAAUCCGGGCGGAAUCUGGGGCUUCAUCAAGGGCGUGGCGGGGAAUCCCAUGGUGAAGACAGUCCUGAAUAAAACCAAGCAUUCGGUGGAGUCCAUGAUCACCACGCUGGACCCCGGCAUGGCGCCAUAUAUCAAAUCCGGCGGCGACCUAGACAUCGUGGUGACCUCUGAUAAGGAGGUGAAGGUGGCAGCAGUGCGGGACGCCUUUCAGGAGGUGUUUGGACUCGCCAUGGUGACGGGGGAGGCCGGUCAGUCCAACAUCGCCCCCCAGCCUGUGGGCUAUGCGGCCGGGGUUAAGGGAGCUCAGGAACGGAUUGACAGUCUCAGGCGGUCGGGCGUCAUCCACGAGAAGCAGCCUGUUGUCUCUGUGGAAAACUUCAUUGCCGAGCUCUUUCCUGACAAGUGGUUUGACAUCGGCUGCCUGAUACUUGAGGACCCGGCAAACGGGAUCCACAUAGAGAGCUUCACCCAGGCCACUCCGGUGGCCCUGGAGCACGUUCAACAGGCACAGUCUCUCACACCGCCGGACUACAGCCUGCGCUGGUCGGGCCUCCUGGUGACGGUUGGCGAGAUUCUGGAGCGCAGCAUCCCUCACGUGAACCGGACCGACUGGCACAUGGCCUUCACCGGCAUGUCCCGUCGGCAAAUGAUCCACAGCGCCGCCAAGGCCUUGGCUGGCAUGUAUAAACAGCGCCUGCCCCCCAGGACCGUGUGAGAGUGCCAUCUAGUGGUGACCCCCACCCCCCACGGGUGGAGGAGAUUUGGGCGGGGGGGUUUAAACCCAGCCCCCUCCCAUCUGUUCAGCGCCGGCAAGCCAAAUGUACAGGUCUUUGUGUUUUUAAUGACGAGCGAACCAUGGAGUACCAGAAAAUUCUGGUUGAUCAAUUUUGAAGUUUUUUCUUUUUUUAAAUUUUUUUUAAAUCUGCCAAAAAUAGAAUCUGAAGAAAAUCAUCCCACCCCUGUGGAAGAAUUCAUCCUUUUCCAUGAGUGUGCCCCCAUGAGGACAAGACUUGAGAUGUUUUCUUUGUGUCCUGUUUUCGAUAACAGACUCUCCUGAGAAAAUAGUUGUUACACUUCCACUGUUGUGUACUUGUGGUCAUGAUCUAUGAUACAAAAUAUCAGCUCAGAGAAUGAUUGGGGGUGGGGGGCUGGAGGGGGAUGUCAGAUUGUCAGAGGGGAAUGACUCUCUGGGUUACUAUUUGCGUUCCGGAACGUGACUCUGCUCCGUACAGUCGCAAUUUUUUUCAAAGAGCACAAAAGAUUUUACGCAUAGAUGUUUUUAAAAAUAUCUUUUCAAAAAAAUAAUUUUUGUUGAAAAAUAAUAAUUGUACGACGUCUAAGCAGAGGGUCCAGUUCCUGUCAGCAGAUAAUUCUUUAUUUGCGGUAUCUAGUUUUCCACUUGGCCUGUGUGCUUCCUUUGGGGGGCUGAAAAGGAAAAGGUUCAGUGUUUGGAUGUCUAAUCAGGGAAAAGUCCAUUUGUGUCAUUAUUCCUGUACCUUUCUAGGAUAUGCCAUAAAUUUAUACAGCUCGCAUAAAAUUCAUUAGGUAUAAUUUUUAUGAGAAACCUCAGUCAAAAACUUGUGACAGAUCAGUUAGUUGGUGAUUAACACAGGGUGUGAAUUGCGAGAACAUGGCCGAUAAUCAACGCAAAGUAUGAGCUGUUAUAUAUUAAUUGUAUAGUGUGCAAAAUGUACAGAUUUGUGGCCAGCUCAUCUUAUUUUAAUGUUAAACCUGUUCAGUGCUAGCAGACCCAUCCGGGUCCGAGGUCAGUGUCCUCCUUAAAUAUUAAUUCUGUGCCCAGCCUGCUUAACCUUUAACGCAUUACACUGUCAACUUUUUUUAGGAGUAUAUUAUGGAAGAAUGUCAAAGUUCACCCCCCCCCAAAGAGUAUUUUACUGCCAGUAUUUCUGCAUUCACAUUUCCCUUUGGUUGAAAGGGGGUGGUGGUGGUGGAACGUGGUGUCCUUGCUAUUUGCUAUGCAGUCCAUCCCCAAGCACUCGUCCCCAGGGCCACACCCAUAGAGAACUGUACAGAGGAGAUGUGAUGGUCAGCAGUGUGCAGUGUGCAGUGUGCAGUGUGCUCUUGUAUAGGUGUGAGCUCCUGUAGGAUGCAGUGAACUAAUGGAGUCUCUCAAUCCUCAGAUCUGUAUCAUCUUUAAAUGCUCUUCAAACCAGAUCCAUAUCCAAAAGGUGGAAACAUUUAACCAGGGACUGUUUGGUUGUAUUAGCAGGAUCUUUAUUUUUUCCAUGACACGUAAUUAUUAAAUGAAGAGAUUUAGCUUGUUUUGACCAAAUUAUCUUUAAGACCAUAAGCAAACACACAACUUAUUUUCCAACAUCUUCUCAGUGAUACAGAAUUCCACAUUGUAUGCCGGUCGUACACACUCCUUCCUCAUUUAACUUCGUUAGACAAAAACAAACCAUAGCGUGAUUGCAGAAAAAUGCUAUAAUUGCAGUACUGUGAAUGACCUCUGGGUUUGCCAGUCUAAUGUACAAUAAAUAACUGAUUUAUAAAUCAUUUGAUUAGCUAGUAAACUGCCAGCACUCUGUAACAAACUCAUUCUGUUGGGUACCUGUUUGUUUACCUCAUACAUAGCUUAAGAGCUGAGCUUGACUUCCCUUUGCCUUUCCUCAUUGGGAGAGUAAAAUCACUGUUUGCUCCUCUU